GGAAGCUGUUGUGGAUCUUGGCAAAACCAGCUCAACGGUGAACACCAAGUUUGAAAAAGAAGAACUAGAAAGUCAUCGAGCUGUAUAUAUUGGUGUUCAUGUUCCUUUUAGUAAAGAGAGUCGUCGCCGUCAUAGGCAUCGAGGACAUAAACAUCACCACCGUAGAAGAAAAGAUAAGGAGUCAGAUAAGGAAGAUGGACGGGAGUCUCCUUCUUACGACACACCCUCCCAGAGAGUUCAGUUUAUCCUUGGUACUGAAGAUGAUGAUGAGCAACAUAUUCCCCACGAUCUCUUCACGGAAAUGGAUGAGCUGUGUUACCGAGACGGAGAAGAAUAUGAAUGGAAAGAAACAGCCAGGUGGCUGAAAUUUGAAGAGGAUGUUGAAGAUGGAGGUGACCGAUGGAGCAAACCUUAUGUGGCAACCCUCUCUUUGCACAGUCUUUUUGAAUUAAGGAGCUGCAUCUUAAAUGGCACCGUCAUGCUGGAUAUGAGAGCAAGCACUCUAGAUGAAAUAGCAGAUAUGGUAUUGGACAACAUGAUAGCGUCUGGCCAAUUGGAUGGAUCCAUAAGAGAGAAUGUCAGAGAAGCUCUUCUGAAGAGACAUCAUCACCAGAAUGAGAAAAAAUUUGCCAGUCGAAUUCCCCUGGUUCGAUCUUUUGCAGAUAUAGGCAAGAAACAUUCUGACCCUCAUUUACUUGAAAGGAAUGGGGAAGGCCUUUCAGCCUCCCGCCACUCUUUGCGAACAGGUCUGUCUGCUUCAAGCCUUUCAUUGAGAGGAGAAUCGCCUUUAUCUCUUCUUCUCAGUCAUCUUCUUCCUGCCUCAAGAGCUGGGACCCCUGCAGGCUCACGGUCUACCACCCCCGUGCCCACCCCUCAAAACAGUCCUCCUUCCAGCCCUAGCUUCAGACGUCUGAACUCCAGAGGCUCCCAACAGAGUCAGCCUCAGACCCCAGAACUGCUGGUUUCACCCGCCAGUGAUGAUAUUCCCACAGUAGUAAUUCAUCCGCCUGAGGAAGACCUAGAAGCACUGAAAGGCCAGGAGCAGAAGAAUGAGGAAAAUAUUGACAUAACUGCAGGUAUUUUGGCUUCUCCACAGUCUGCACCCGGAAACUUGGACAAUAAUAAAAGUGGGGAAAUUAAAGGUAAUGGAACUGGAGGAAGCAGAGAAAAUAGUACUGUUGACUUCAGCAAGGUGGACAUGAAUUUCAUGAGAAAAAUUCCCACGGGAGCAGAGGCAUCCAAUGUUCUGGUGGGAGAAGUAGACUUUUUGGAAAGACCUAUAAUUGCGUUUGUGAGACUGGCACCUGCUGUCCUCCUCUCAGGGUUGACUGAGAUUUUUCAUGAUGUUGCCUAUAAAGCAAAAGACAGAAAUGACCUCUUAUCUGGAAUUGAUGAAUUUUUAGACCAAGUAACUGUCCUCCCCCCAGGGGAGUGGGAUCCUUCCAUCCGCAUAGAGCCACCCAAAAGUGUUCCUUCUCAGGAAAAGAGAAAGAUCCCUGUGUUUCCUAAUGGCUCUGCCCCCACUUCGGGUGAUGCUCCGAAGGAGGCUGCUCAUCAUGCUGGACCCGAGCUACAGAGGACUGGACGGCUUUUUGGUGGUUUGAUACUUGACAUCAAAAGGAAAGCACCCUUUUUCUUGAGUGACUUCAAGGAUGCGUUAAGUCUGCAGUGCCUGGCCUCGGUUCUUUUCCUAUACUGUGCCUGUAUGUCUCCUGUAAUCACUUUUGGAGGGCUGCUUGGAGAAGCCACACAAGGCAGAAUAAGUGCAAUAGAGUCUCUUUUCGGAGCAUCGUUAACUGGGAUUGCCUACUCAUUGCUUGCUGGGCAACCUCUUACAAUAUUGGGGAGCACAGGUCCAGUUCUAGUAUUUGAAAAAAUUUUAUUUAAAUUCUGCAAAGAUUAUCAUCUUUCCUAUCUAUCUUUGCGAACCAGUAUUGGUCUGUGGACUUCUUUCUUGUGCAUUGUUUUGGUUGCAACAGAUGCCAGCAGCCUUGUGUGUUACAUUACUCGAUUUACAGAGGAGGCUUUUGCAGCUCUCAUUUGCAUCAUAUUCAUCUACGAGGCUUUGGAGAAGAUUUUUCAUUUAGGAGAAAUCUAUGCUUUCAAUAUGAAUAACAACCUCGAAGAACUGACGACUUACUCAUGUGUGUGUAUUGAGCCUCCUAACCCUAGCAAUGAGACACUAGAGCUGUGGAAAGAAAGGCAUCUAACAGCGGAGAACAUUUCCUGGGGCAAUCUCACUGUAUCUCAAUGUAAAACCUUCCAUGGUGCAUUUGUCGGAUCAGCGUGUAGUCUUCAUGGACCUUAUAUUCCAGACGUGCUCUUUUGGUGUGUCAUCCUAUUUUUCACAACGUUUUUUCUGUCGUCAUUCCUCAAGCAAUUUAAGACCAAGCGUUAUUUUCCUACCAAGCCUACUUAUCCAAAUCGAGGCUGGAUCAUAAGCCCCUUGGGAGAAAAUCCUUGGUGGACCUUAUUAAUAGCUGCUGUUCCCGCUCUGCUUUGCACCAUCCUCAUCUUUAUGGACCAGCAGAUUACAGCUGUGAUCAUAAACAGGAAGGAGCACAAGUUGAAGAAAGGAGCGGGCUAUCACCUGGACUUGCUCAUGGUUGGUGUUAUGCUGGGAGUUUGCUCCGUCAUGGGCCUUCCGUGGUUUGUGGCUGCAACAGUGUUAUCCAUAAGCCAUGUCAACAGCUUGAAAGUUGAAUCGGAAUGUUCUGCUCCAGGAGAACAACCCAAGUUUCUGGGAAUCCGUGAACAGCGGGUUACAGGGUUACUAAUUUUCGUUCUAAUGGGCCUCUCAGUGUUCAUGACUUCAGUACUGAAGUUUAUUCCCAUGCCUGUUCUGUAUGGUGUUUUCCUUUAUAUGGGAGUGUCCUCAUUGAAAGGCAUCCAGUUUUUUGACCGCAUAAAAUUAUUUGGAAUGCCUGCUAAGCAUCAGCCUGACCUGAUAUACCUCCGCUACGUGCCCCUCUGGAAGGUCCAUAUUUUCACAGUUAUUCAGCUCACUUGCCUGGUUCUUCUGUGGGUGAUAAAGGCAUCGUCUGCUGCAGUGGUCUUCCCCAUGAUGGUUCUUGCAUUAGUCUUUGUGCGCAAACUUAUGGACCUGUGCUUCACAAAGAGAGAACUUAGCUGGCUUGAUGAUCUAAUGCCAGAAAGUAAGAAAAAGAAAGAAGAUGACAAGAAGAAAAAAGAGAAAGAGGAAGCUGAACGGAUGCUCCAGGCCGAAGAGAGUGAUACCGUGCACCUUCCAUUUGAAGGAGGAAGUCUCUUGCAAAUUCCAGUUAAGGCCCUAAAUUAUAGUGUCGAUCCCUCAGUUGUUAAUAUCUCAGAUGAAAUGGCCAAAACGGCACAGUGGAAGGCACUGUCCGCGAGCACUGAAAAUGCCAAAGUAACCGGCUCUACCACGAGCCCUGAAAGACCUGUGAGUGUGAAAAUAAAUUUUGAAGAUGAGCCAACCAAGAGCUACUUGGAUGCUGAGACGUCAUUGUAGAAUUGACCCAAGAAGAAUUAUAUAUAUGUGUAUUUGUAUACUUCCUGUGUGUAUAUGUGUGUUUAAUGCACUGUACCUGAUGAUAUUGUAGCCCUGGCCAUGUGUGCGUCACUAGUGGCUAUUGUGAAGUAGUGUGUGAAGUUUAUGAGCACCGGGGAGACUGUAUAGAUAAUGAAAUGGUCUCUCACAAGUGAGGUACAUGAUUUCUGCAAUUCAAAUAUUUAUUCUGCUGGAUUUUGUUCUCUUUUUCUGCAAUAGAAGGAUGUGGGGAGGUACAUUCAAUCUACCUUUUUUAUCUGUUCAUGACAAUUCAUAUCAACUUUUAGUGAUAUUUAUAAUAAUUUUUAUAUGUGAGUUUUAACUUGUUUCUGAAAAUUUUUGUCUAUCGCUUCAGCUAAUGCUUUACAGGAAGAACAGGGGAUCUUUAUGCCAGUGCUGUGGGACACAUGGUAACAUGCCGCGGCUUGUGCGUGUGCCUGUCAUUCACGUAUCUGUCCAUCGUGUUUCACAGGCAGUGGAGUUUGGUUUUGGCCAUAGAGGUGAAGGUCGGCAAGAGAAUAGGACCUUCCUAGAUAAAGAACUAUGGAUUUGACCUUUAUUUUGAAAAAGGUUUCUGAAUCUCCCCCGAACCUCCAGAUUUAGUUUCUCUUCUAAAAGAUAAGUAGAAUUGCUAAAUUUAUGAUUUAGCCUCCAUAUUUUAUGGAUUUAAUCCCCAUAACCAUAUGACUUUUUGAAGCUAGACCAUGCCAAUUUUCCAUAGUUAAAUUUUGUUUCCUGUGUUGAUUUGUUUCCCUUGAAUUCGUUAGUCGUUCCCAGAAUGCCCACUUUAUUCUCUGCCUUUCCUUUUACUGUAAAUAAUUUAGUUUGUAUCAAGUUCAAGUCCUUGAUUAUUUUCUCGUAUAAGUAGUGUGAGCAGAUAAUCAGGAGUCAGGAUUCUCUCAUGGGUUUGUGAUCAGUAUUAAUUUAUGCUCCUCAGAAUUACCCUUCACUUCCGGUUGACAUUGCUAUUCUUUCUAUUGUACAGAAUAUAUUUAAUAGUUACUUGCCCAUGAUUAUAUUUUAAAAUAUUUUAUUUAUUUUAAUUGAUAGGGAUGCUAAAGACUAUAUAACAAUUUGAUAAGGUAACAGUACAUUGUUAUGUAAAUAGUUGGUGCUCACAGCAUUUAUGAUUUAUUAUCUGGACGCAGUAGAUAGAUUUUCUGCCUUUGAUACCGAGUACUGCCGUCUUUGCAUUUUAAGAAGAAAGUGGACAUUUUCUGUGUCAGCCGAGAUUGAUGACACUCUUCCUGCUUUGUUUCAGUUAUCUGUGCUCUUCCUUUCUGUUUUUCUGGGCUGUCUCUCUAACUUUCAGCGGACCUUUUUUAGUGGUGUCUAGACACUCUUAGCUCCACAGGAAGUGCAUUGCGUUCUUGCUGCCUGUGGGACGGACGGAGGGAGAUGGCAAACUGAUUUGGCAAGAGAAUAACUUGCAGGAACCAAAUGAGUAUUGAGAAUCCCCAGAAACAGACACCGAUGACAGGAAUGUUAAGGUGAAGAUUUUAAUUCAAUGCCAGUCUUCCCUUCCACAGCCAUAACAAAUUGAUCUUAGAGAAUCACCGAGAAAGCCAAAAGCUGAUCUUUUUUGCAGUUCUGAAGUGUUUGGUUAAUCCAUUCCAAUCUAUGUUUUGACCCAUUUCAUGUCCUCAACUAAGGUGUUAUUGCCAGAUUCUCGUUAACAAAACGGUUUCAAAUUCUGCCUCACCGAAGAGGUUGGAAAUGUAGCUGCGUUUCUUGAGAAACUACAACUGGCGUUAUUUAGCCGCGCCUGAAAGAGACUAGUAUUCUCCGUGGUGCUUCCCCAUUGUUUGUGCGCUUCCACAGAACGGAUUCCUCUGACGUAGAGCAGCAUCAUCAUUCCCAGAGACCCCAGGAUUCGCUGCUAUUUUUAACAGCCUCCAUGUACCUGAGAGCAAGAGAUUUCCUCACGUCAUUUCCUUGGGUCUGGACACCAAAGGGUUAACACAUUGUAUACUUAUUUUACAGGAAGUGAUUUUAAAAUAUAAAUGGAAAACUACCAGGGAUCAUAGUGUUUCUGUGAUUUUUAUUUAAUUAUGUAUAGUAAUUAUGCAGUGCCAGAAAAACCGUGACUUGUAAAAUAGUUUGCACACAAAAUGUUUUUUUCACCCACAAGUUUCUACUUAUUACUGGCUUCUACUUCCUUGUGACUACUUGAUUUUACUGUGUGAUCUGAUCUGACUACUUCAUUGAAGAGCAAAGGUCACUCAUGGUUAAGUCAUUUACUGCUUGUUUUACAUGAUGAUACUUCUCCCACUGUUUAAAAAAUGAUCAUGGUUAACAUUCAUUGCAAGACAGUGAAGAAUAUAAUUUGCAACAUAACGUUGGAUUUUAGAUAUUGCCUUAAAUGGGUAUAGAUGUGCAGUAGUAAUUGCUCUAUACUGAUUUACCUCAAGGUGCAAAAGAACGGAACCUGUACAUACUCCAUUUUCAAAUGAAAUCCAGUGAACAGCCCUGCGCUUUCUUAGAUGCCUUGGUUUCCAGGGGUGGAGCUUCGUGCUACUGAACACCUGCCCUGGCCACAGAGCCACCUCAGGGUAGUCUUCUCUCCGCCCUUUUUAAUUUAUUUAUAGAUGUCUGUUUACAUAGACUAUAAUGGGUCCUGAUGUUGACCAUCUGAACUUUGCUUUCUUCUGAAUGCUGUUUCACUCUAAAAUAACAACUUAAAAAAAUGUAAAACAGUGAACUAGCUUCAUUGUGGUAAAAGGAUGAUUCUACAUAUUCUUUCAUAAUCAGAAAUGCAGACGUGAAGCACAGUGUCUUUCUGAUGAACGUGUGUGUGAUGUUCUUGAUCAGUUUUUAGAAUCAGCUGUGUGUGUGUGCGCGCGCGUGUGAUGUUGAUCAGUUUUUAGAAUCAGCUGCGGCACACCAGUGUUCCUGUUUGCCAAGUCUUCUGUAAGAUGUGUAGAACAGAAUUCUGUGUGUGCUGAUGCCUGUAGUUACAAAGUUAUCGAGCAGCUUUCUUGACCACUUAAAAGUAGUAACUUUUUCCCUCCAUCCAAACAUACAUUUAUUUUCCUUCCUUAUAUGCGGAUCGUAGCUUUCUUUUUUUUCCCUUCUCACAAAGCAGGUUCCAAAUUCUGUAAAAAACAAAAAUGGUUUCUGAAACAGAUGCAGCACCAGUUUUCUGUGGAAAGGGUUCUAUCACGUGUAUCAGUUAGGUAAGCGUGCUCAGCAGUGUAACCAGUGGGGGGAUCCUGUUUUUAACUGCGCAGACUUAGGAGGUGUAAGCCAUCGACAGAACAUUGUAAUUCACAAAUGAUUCUAUUGAAAGACAAUGUCUGAAAUUUAUUUAUGUAGACCAGAUCAUUGUUAUACAGUACCAAUAUGUGAAAUGUCUUUUAGUCUAGACCAGCAAUUAUUUAUUUCUUAGAAAGUAAAUUGAAAGACUUCCAGGACAUUCAAAGUUUGAAUAGUGUUAAAAAUGUAAAAACCUGGUAAUUUUAAUGUAAACUACUCUUUGCUAAUCUUUCAAAAAUAAAAUGUCAAUGAUAGGAAAACGUAGUUGGAGAUAGAAUCAUCUUAAGAUUAUUUUUUAAUUAGCAUAAAUUGAUUUCUACAGCUGGCUUCAAGUAAUUGUUUAACCAUUUUUUAUUUUAAAUCAGAAAAAUCAAAAAUGAGAUUUGGUUUGUUUUUGUUGUAGCUUUUCUUUUGUUGUUUUAUUCACGGAUUUUUUGUUUUGGUUGGAGGGUGGGGGGACCAGGGAGAUGUGAUUUGUUUCCAUUGUUUACUGUGUUUAAAUAAACAGAUGGAAUUUUAUUGUUCCUUUAUAUAAUAUUUGAUAACAUGAGAUGUAAUUUCAAAGUACAGUUCCAAUUUUUAUGACUUUUAUAGUUAUAAUUGUAAUAUUUUUUUUGUAAUAAAAUCCAAAGUAAAUUAAACAUUUUAAAUGGAGAAUUAAUAUUUUUCAUUUAUAUGAAGUACAAGUCUCUAACAAGUGUAUGAUGUGAAUGACCCUGCCAUUCAAAUUUGUUUCAUAAUUGUUAGAUGAAAACUAUUUUUUGGAAUGUUACUGAAGUUGAGAGAGCAAUAAAAGUCUACUGAAUCAA